AUGUCGGGCAUCGAAAAUAUCGAGAAAUAUGAUGACGUUUUAUCUUCAAUUUUGGUGAAUGAAAAAUCUAUCUUAGGAUUUCUAUCAUCUAUCUUCAAUUUUCUUGCCCGUAGGACCGACUUCUAUUAUGUACCUGAAAAUAAGUAUGAAAACAUGGGCUUUCCAGCUGGCGUUGCAGAAGAACUUGUUCUCAAAGUUAUGAAGGCUUGUGACCCAAAAAGUAAUAAAUAUCAGAGUGGCUCUAAUCUUGCAAUGACUGAUAUAAACAAUGAAAUUAUGUGUAGCACUGUAGCACAGGAAGUAGAAGUAGUGGCAGAUGGGGAUGUAGGUGUCUCAGAACAGGAUACAUUUGAAAACACAUCAGCUUGUGGGUCUAAGGAAAAUGAACAAAAAAAGGAUGCCACCAAUUUUCCCGAGGAUUAUGAGCCACCGGUUAUACCUGUACAAAAGAACAGUGAAUCUUACAAUGGAGCUGUAAGAGAAAAGUACUCCUGGGCCCAGACUAUUACAGAUUUAGAUGUAACAAUAAAACUUCCUUCUGAUAUAAAAUCAAAAAACUUAAAAGUGUCCAUAAACAAUCGCGACAUCUGUGUUCAAUGCAAUAAUGGCGAAGUGAUUAUAAAAGACUCCUUACCAUACAAAAUUAAAGCUUUUGACAGUGUCUGGAGUGUAAGCGAAGGAAAACUUUUGAUUCACCUUGAAAAAGUUCAGGAGCGAUGGUGGGAUAAAUUAUUGACUAGCGAAGAACCUAUUGAUUUGGCAAAGAUAGACGCAUCAAGACCACUUGACGAACUUCCAGAAGAUCAUAUUGCAAAGGUUCGCGAGUUGCAAUGGAAUCAAGAACAAAAGCUGAAAGGACUGCCAACAAGUGAUGAAAUCCGAAACCUUAAAAUUUUAAAGAAAGCUUGGAAUGCAGAGGGGUCACCUUUUAAAGGCCAAGAAUUCGAUCCAAGUGUAAUAAAAAUAAAU